UCCUCACAAUCUCUCUUUAGCCUUUGGUUCCCUUCUUUCGUUUUUAUUUUGAUUCUCCCACCAUUUGUGUUCUUUUGAGUUUUAAAGAUCCAUCAAACUUUAUUAAAGAAAGAAGAACAAAGAGAUAAAAGGGAAUACGAACAAUGGUUUUCUCAUCCGUCUCAAGCUUUUUAGAUCCACCAAUCAAUUGGCCACAGUCUGCGAAUUCGAAUAAUCAUCCUAAUCAUCCUCAUCAUCUUCAGCGACAAGAAAGUGGGAAUUUAGUUAGUGGCCACCAAGUACUCUCUAACCACUUCCCACAAAACCCUAACCCUAACCACCAUGUUAACACCACAUCCGCCGCCACCGUUGAUCCGGCCAAUAUCAAUGGAUCAGUGGCUGAGAGAGCGAGGCUAGCUAAGAACUCUCAGCCACCUGAGGGAGUCCUAAAAUGCCCUCGAUGUGACUCAGCCAACACCAAGUUCUGUUACUUCAACAACUACAACCUCACGCAACCACGUCACUUCUGCAAGGCUUGCCGUCGCUACUGGACACGUGGUGGCGCCUUGAGAAACGUCCCUGUCGGUGGUGGCUGCCGGAGGAACAAGAAGGGUAAAACCGGAAAUUCAAAGUCUUCCUCCUCUCAGAACAAGCAGUCAACGUCUAUGGUUAACGCUCCAAGCCCUACAACUACUAGUAAUGUCCAGCUACAAACAAAUAGCCAAUUCCCGUUUUUGCCCACUCUACAGAACCUCACUCAGCUCGGUGGUAUCGGUUUAAACUUAGCUGCCAUUAAUGGAAAUAAUGGUGGAAAUGGUAACUUCUUGAAUGAGUUAGGGCUUUUUCAUGGAGCUAACACUACAGGUCCGGUCAUGGCUAACAACAACAAUGAGAACAACAUAAUGACUUCUCUUGGAUCAGCGAGCCACUUUGCUAUGUUCGAUCGAACCAUGGGGUUAUAUUCUCUCCCAAAUGAGGGCUAUAUGGGAAACAAUAUGGGAUUAUCUUCUUCCUCAGCUUCUAGGGUUACUCAAACUGCUCCAGUGAAAAUGGAAGAAACUCAUUUGGGUAAUAUUAUAAGCCGUCCGGUUUCGGGUUUGACAUCUUUGGGCAAUCAAUCCAAUCAAUAUUGGACCGGUUUGGGUCUCCCUGGUUCUUCUUCCAACGAUCAUCAGCAGCACCUAAUGUGAAUUUUUUUCUUAGCCGUUGGAUCAUUGAUAGACAUCGUCAAUGCAUGGAGAAACUAAAAGGUAUAUUAGAAUGGGUUUGUUAUACAACUUAUGGUCAUUAAUUGGAUACAUAUAGAUUCAGGUGUGACAAAGAAGUAAUCGUAUUGUGUGAUUAUGAACUUGUUAGAUGUGUGAGUGUCUGUCUAUCGAAUUUGUGGUUUUAUUUGUUCAGUUCGUAUUCUUCAAAUCUCAUAAAAAUAAUAACUAACACAUUUCUAUAUUAUAUUUUAUUGGCUUUUUUUCUGCUGAACGAUGAAUUUUUGUGGUUAUGGGUUUGGUUUCCAAGUCUUGAGUACGUGAGAACCAAUCAGCAUUAUUACUAAGAUUUUUAUCAUUCAUUACUUUUAUUUUUUACAAAGUUAAUAUUAUAAAUAAUUUUAUGGGACCAAUAGGAUAAUCUAUAAAGUAAAAGGAUGUUACAGACUGACGAAUUUAAUCAUACAAUUCCGUGUCUUCUAUAGAUAGCAAAGUUUUUAAAUUACCAUUUACCAAAAAGCUUAUGUUUCUCACAUUUUUAGGAGCUUUUCCCUUUUUUCUUUGUCAGACUUCUUAAUAAAGAUCUGUGCAUAUGUAGAUGCAUGUACGUACCACGUUUUUAUCUAUUACUUUUCAGUAUAAAUAUUCCGUACAUCCAUGAAAAUCCUUUACUUUUUUGGUUCAUAGAUUAAACAACCUUUUCUUUUAAAUUUGAAUAAUGUAAAUCUUGGAUUUUAUACAAGAUUUGUUUUGUAAAAUCAGCUCCAUACUGUCACAACAAUUUGGCGACAAC